AUGGGGAGAGAUUUAGACGAGUCUCACGUGGUGCCAUCUAACAGCAGCAUUAAUAGAAAUACUUCAAAUGCAGACAUCAAUAUACUAGAGGGACCGGGUACUAUGUAUGUUCGAUGGGGUCGUAGUUCCUGUCCUACCAGUGCUGAGCUGGUGUAUCAAGGUGUUAUUGGUGGAGAAUAUUACACUAACUCGGGGGGAGGUUCUAACUAUCAGUGUUUGCCACUAGAUCCAAUAUGGGAUCAACCGAGCAGUGGUAAGUGUGAUGCGUGUGCUAAGAUGUGGGGUUCUGAAUAUCAAAGCGACCUAUAUCCGCCAUUUUCUCAUCUAUUCCAACACGACUCUGUCUGUGCAGUAUGCUUGGUGAAUUCCCGUAGCAGGGUUCUGAUGGUCCCAGCUCGCAACCAAUGUCCAUCGAUUGAAUGGACCAGGGAAUACUACGGUUAUCUGAUGGCAGAAAAUUUUAACCACCAGCGUUCCGAAUUCAUUUGUGUUGAUCGUUAUGCUGAAGUCCGUCCAGGGAGUGUUGAUAACGAUAACGGAGCUCUGUUAUACAAUGUUGAAGCUAGGUGUGGAUCUCUGCCUUGUGGUCCAUAUAUUGACGGGUAUGAACUUACGUGUGCCGUAUGUACAAUCUAA